AUGGCCCAAUUUGAAUGUACUGAACAUAUGGAAAAUUUCCUUAGAGAAUUACCAAAGUGUGAACAUCAUGUUCAUUUAGAAGGUACUUUGGAACCAUCUUUAUUAUUUAAACUCGCUCAAAGAAACAACAUCACUUUACCAGAAUCAUUUCCUAAAACUGUCGAAGAAUGUAACGAUAGAUACAAUAGAUUCGCCGAUUUACAAGAUUUCUUGGAUCAUUAUUAUAUUGGUAUGAGUGUUUUGAUUACUGAAGACGAUUUUUACGAUUUGGCUAUGGAUUAUUUCACCAAAGCUCAUGCGGAUGGAUGUCAUCAUUCAGAAGUUUUCUUUGAUCCACAAGGUCAUGUCGAGAGAGACAUUGAUAUUGAUGUUGUCGUUCAAGGUUUCCAUCGUGCUUGUAAAGAUUCAAAUACUAAAUUUGGAACCACCAACAAGUUGAUCAUGUGUCUUUUAAGACAUUUGCCAGCUGAACAUGGUUUACAAACCAUCCAUUCUGCAUCUCAAUAUUACAAAGAUGGUAUAAUUCAUGGCUCAGGAUUAGAUUCUAGUGAAAAACCAUUUCCACCAGAAUUAUUUACUGAAUGUUACUCUCACAUCAAAGAAAGCUACCCAGAUAUUGGUUUGACUGCUCACGCUGGUGAAGAAGGUGAUCAUACAUUUGUCUCCAACUCAUUGGAUUUGUUGAAAGUUUCAAGAAUUGACCAUGGUGUUAAUUCACAUCAAAGUGAAGAAUUAAUGAAGAGAUUAGCUGAACAACAAAUUUUACUUUCUUUGUGUCCAUUGUCUAAUGUUAAAUUGCAAGUUGUCAAAGAUGUUAAAGAAUUACCAAUCGAUAAAUUCUUAGAAAUGAAUGUUCCAUUUUCUAUUAAUUCUGACGAUCCAGCUUAUUUUGGUGGCUAUAUUUUAGACAAUUACAAAGUGGUCCAUACUAGAUUUGGAUUUUCUAUGGAGCAAUGGAAGAUCAUCGCUAUUAAUGGAAUUAAAGGAUCAUGGUGUGAUGACAAUAGAAAGCAAGAAUUAUAUGAGUUGGUAGAAGUUGUCUAUAAGAAAUACAAAAUCGAAGCUUAA